AUGGUUAAUUAUAGUUUCUUAGACAAAGGUUAUGUUGGCAUCAACGUUAAGUGGAAAGGAAUAGUUUAUAAUCUCGUGAAUGUCAAUGCGUCUUGUAAUAGGGUAGAGAGGCAGCACACUUGGGAUUCUUUGAUUAGGAUAAAAAAUAGUAGGAUUAAUGAGGAAUGGUGUGUGGCGGGAGAUUUUAAUGAAGUCUUGAGAAAAGAAGAGCAUAUUGGGGUGGGAAGUCAUCGGGAUUGGAGAGGUAUGGAGGAUUUUCGAAGCUUCGUGGAGGAAAUGGAAUUAAUUGAUAUUAAUUGUGUUGGAGGGAAGUUCACAUGGUUCAAAGACAAUGGCAAAUCUAUGAGAAGAUUAGAUAGAUUCUUGCUUUCUAAGAAGUUGAUUGAGAUGUGGGAGGUGGUUGAUCAAAUAAUUGAAAAAAGAGACAUCUCGGAUCAUGCCCCGAUUCGCCUUUAUGUGGGAAAACUAGAUUGGGGUCCUAAACUUUUUUGCUUUAAUAAUUCUUGGCUCAAGCAUGAAGAUUUUAAUGCCUUUAUGGUUAAUGAGUGGAAGAGAUUGGAGAUUAGAGGAAGGGGGGAUUUUGUGCUUUAUGAGAAAUUAAAAAAGUUUAAGGAGCGUCUACGGGAGUGGAAUGAGGAGGUGUUUGGUUGGAUUGAUUUGAGGGUGGAGGAUGCGUCGGCAAAGAUUAAUGUUCUUGAUAAGGAUAUCGAGUUGAACAUGGGGGUGAUAUAG